AUGGGAAAAAGAGAAAGAAAUGGAAAGAAAGAAGAAGAAAUUGAGAAGGAAAUGAUGAGUGGGGAGAUAAAGUUUGAGGUGGAGGAGAGGAAAUGCAUAAAACCCUCCACAGCCACACCACCACAUCACAAAACCUUCAAACUCUCUUUACUUGACAAGCUUUCCCCUGACAUCCAUGGCAACAUGACCCUCUUCUACCCUCACACCACCCACGCGCUUCCACACUUCUCCACCCAAUCCCAACUCCUUCAAACCUCCCUCUCCCAAACGUUGACCCGCUUCUACCCUGUCGCCGGAAACCUACAUGACUCCGACACCCUCCACUGCAACGACGCCGGCGCCAUCUUCAUCGAAUCCCGGACCAACGCCUCUCUCUCCGACAUCCUCAAAGCUCCAGACUUCAACACCCUCCAAUGUCUCCUCCCCUCCGCCGACAACCAAACUUUGACAACCUCAAACGCCGCCAUGCUCCUCGUACGCUUCACCUCCUUCCGCUGCGGCGGCACCGCCUUAACCAUUUCUCUCUCCCACAAAAUCGCCGACAUAGCAUCCGUCAUUGCACUCCUCAAAACCUGGACCGCUGCGUGCGCCGGAGAAACCCUGCCGGCCAUCCCCGAACUCGCUGCAGGCGCCGCGCUUUUUCCUCCGAGAGAGCUUCCCGUCGUGACCGCGUCCAUAAAACCCGUCUCGUCGGACAAUUUCACUUCGAGGAGGUUCGUUUUCGACGCGUCCAAGGUUAAAGUACUAAAGAAGAGAAUUCGAGAAGGUUUGGUGUUUGAACCUUCGAGGGUGGAGGUGGUGCUGGCUCUCAUAUGGAAAUGCGCUCUCUCGGCUUCUCGCUCGAAAACGGCGUCGUUCAAGAGUUCGGUUUUGUUCCAAGCGGUGAACCUCCGUCCCCGGAUGGAGCCGGCGGUGGCGGACGGCGCCUUGGGGAACUUCGUGUGGCCGUUUGUGGUGACGGUGGAGGAGGAGGCGCACUUGGAUUUGCACGUGAUGGUGAAGAGGAUGAGGGAGAGUAUGAGGGUGUUUGUCGAAACUAAAGCAAAGAGGUUCAAAGAGGAUGGAGCGUUUGGAGUGGUUAUGGAGAGUCUGAAAGAGAGAGGUGAAGUUUUGAAGAAGAAGAAUAACAACAGUGUUGUUUAUAAGUGUUCGAGUUGGUGCAAGUUCCCUGUGCUUGAGGUUGAUUUUGGUUGGGGAGAAGCAGCGUGGAUGUGUAGUGUGAAUAAGAUGGUGAGUAACACAGUUGCUUUGAUGGAUACCAGGGAUGGUGGGGUUGAAGCUUUCGUCACUCUCGAUCAUCAAGACAUGCUUUUCUUUGAACAAGAUGAGCAACUUCUACACUAUGCUUUGCAUAAUCCUUCUGUUUUCCUCUGA